AUGUUCUUCCUGUCCAGCAGCUGCCUCCUCCCCCUGCCCUUCGAGUACAUCUCUAGGUUUGGCGACGGUGCAACUCUCUUCUGUGGGCCUUGGUGCUUGUUGGGCUCUUUCAUCGGCCAUGGUGCGGGGCUGAUGCUUGCACCCUAUGCCCCCAGGCUUUGCUCCCAGGCGCCGAUGUGUUUCCUCGAUGUUGCGAGCAUCAACCAGACAGACAAAGAGCUCAUGGAGCGCGGCGUAUAUGGCAUAGGCGGAUUUCUCUGCAAGUCCAAGGAGUUGCGCGUCUUGUGGAGCACUCCCUACUUUACGAGGUUGUGGUGUGUCUUUGAAGUGGCUGCAUACCGCACCGCGAAUCCAGCUGGGCGGCUGGCAUUCUGCCCCCUGUUUGUGGAGGUUGGCUCCUUCAUGUGCGUUGCUGGCGCAUACUUUAGCUGCUUCCUGUUCAUGUUUUCAAUACCGUUGGGAAGCGUGGUCGCACCUAUGGCUUCCUAUGCCAUCGCCCUUGUUCCAGUCUAUGUGCUCAUGCACCAGCUGAGACAGAACGCAGCUGUCAAAUACCAGCUCUUGCAUGACUUGAAACAGUUUGACCUCAACGCCGUGCAGAGUCACAGUGAUUUUGACCGCAAGUUUGUCUUCACUGCCAUCCAAGCUUGGUAUGGAAGCACCGAAGCUUUCACCCAAUUUGUGCAGGGCCCUCUCCGCGAAGAGUUGUUGGAGUCUGGACAGUCUACCAUUCCACUCAAGUACAUCUUGCUGCCCUUGGGAGUCAUGGUUUCGCUGUCUUUGGAUUGGGUGGAUUGGGUGGUGUCACUACUUUGUGCCCAAGUCUCCGUAGAUUGGCUCUUGGUUGACCUUUUGACCAGUUGCUUUGGCUUCAGCAUUUGCUGGUUCUUCGUGUCCUUCAAAGUUGCCGUUUACCUUUGCGAUCGUUUUGCCACGCCACUGUUUCCUGGCCUGCUGGACUACCUGCAGACCUUUGCCUUUUUCGCCGUCUUCGUCAUGAUGAUUCUGGGCGGGAGCAUGGCCUUCCAGAGCCUAGUCGGCCUGUGGAACGCACUUGGUGCAGCUUCCACAGCUUUCUUUCUUGCCACUCUCGUGUGGCUGAAGAUGUACUAA